AUGAAGCCCCGGUUAGCCAUAUUUUGCGCAGUUUUAAUACAAUACUCAUUAUUUGUACAUAGUUUGCCAUGCUCCUAUCAGACGCCUCGUGUGGAAGACGUCCUUUUAGAAGUGCCGACAUCGGAGCCCGGUCACGAAUAUCGCCAAAAACGGGAUUUGCCGAAAAAGGAAGUUUUCGCGCCGCUCAGAAUCCAUUUACAUUAUGACGAGAGUGUGAAAAACUUAAGCGAGGAUAAACAAUAUUUUGUGAAUACAUCAUUGUUGCCCGAUGCUGCUGGAUAUUGGGAAAAAGUGUUGAGAGUGCGACCAAUGAGGACCCCAAUUCGCCUUCGAAGAAAGUGCGUCUCGUCGUUUUAUUACUUCAAGCAAGGAAUGCGGAAUGUCGCAUGCGACAAAGCGUGUCGCGAGAAAACGACUUGCGGCGAGGCGAUCAUUCCCCGCCAGCAUUUAUUGGAUUGUCUUGCAUGCACAACGUCUGACGACUGCGUAUCAACGGGCGACGUUGGCGAAGGCAUCAAUGAAGCCGAUUUCGUGCUCUACGUGACAGCAAUUGAAACGAAGCGAUGCGAUGGGCCGGAAACGCUAGCAUACGCUGCGCAUUGUCAGCAAGAAGCGGACUUUGAUAGGCCGAUUGCGGGACAUGUCAAUCUAUGCCCAUAUGCGUUGUCGACACAUCAACACGACCAGGAGAUUCUAAUAAGCACAGUGAAGCAUGAAAUAUUGCACGCUCUUGGAUUCUCGGUGGGUCUCUACGCAUUCUUCAGAGAAAAAGAUGGAACGCCGAGGACGAAGAGAAAUCGCUAUGGAAAGCCAACAUCAUUGAAUAAGCAGAAAGGGUAUUACGAUUGGGACUCGAACACGAUAACGACAAUCCUUCGUGAAGACUGGUGGACCGGAACCGGAAGGAUAAUCCAUCCAAUUCAUAUGAUGGUGACACCGCGAGUUCGCGAAGAAGCUCGACGCCAUUUUGGAUGCGAUAAGCUCGAAGGGGCUGAGCUUGAGAAUCAGGGAGGCGAUGGGACCAUCAUGACGCACUGGGAGAAGCGCGUGUUUGAGAAUGAGGCGAUGACGGGCACUCACACCCAGAAUCCGGUUUAUUCGCGAUUGACGUUGGCGCUUCUCGAAGACAGCGGAUGGUACGAGCCGAACUAUGAGACAGCCGAGGACCUUCAUUGGGGCAAAAAUUUGGGAUGCGAUUUCUCGAUGAAAAGCUGCGGCGAGUGGAUUCACAAUCAUAGAAUGGAGAAUCGAGAUCCCUAUCCGUUCUGCAGCGACAUUAAACACGACGGUCAGAAAUCAUUGGCAGUCACGAGGUGCACAUCGCAACGCGAUUCGUUGGCGUUGUGCAAUCUCGUGCCGUUCAAGACCGAACUGCCGACGCAAUUCCGCAAUUUCGCGCGUUUGCCCGGCGUUUCGGCGGCCGGCGCGAAAUUCUACGGCGGCUCCGUCGAGCUCGCCGACUUUUGUCCGUACAGUCAAGAGUUCGAAUGGAAGAUGGCCAACGCGAGCGACCGACGCGAUUCGCGUUGCGAACUCGACGGCAACAAUAAGCAGGGCGAGGAUAUUCUCGAGGUCUACGGCGUCAACUCGAAAUGUUUCGAUUUCACGCGACCGUGGACCGAGAGGAAAUGCGGACGAAUUCGAGCGCUGACGCAUUACAUGGCCGGAUGCUAUGAGUACAACUGCCUAAACGGCACAUUGCAUAUCGGGAUAUUCAACUCCACCGAAAUGUAUCCAUGCUUCGCCGCCGGACAAAAAGUGCAUGUGAAACGAAUUGUCGACGGCUGGCUGAGAGAGGGAAGCAUCACGUGCCCGAAAUGCGAAGACAUUUGCAAGAAAUGUGGUCCGCCGAUAAUGGUGCCCGAUUAUAUCGGGGAUCCGCUGCUCGACGAGCCGUGCUCAUCAAAGCCUCACAGAAUCUUCACAUCAAUAUUAAUAAUAGUUUUUAUGAUAUUCAGUUUCACAUAG